AUGUCAGUAGUAGGAUCAUUAAUAUUUUGUAAUUUCUGUGGUAAUUUACUAGAUUCCCAUAGCUCUACAUCUGAUAUCAAAUGUGGAGUUUGUACUGCUUCCUAUCCAAAGUCAAAAUUUGCAAACUUAAAAGUGGUGACAACAUCUUCUGAAGAUGCUUUCCCAUCUACAUUAAAACUGGCCAGAUCAGUUGUCAAGACUUCUUUAAAGAAAGAUGAAUUAGAUGAUGGUGCUACUAUUAAAGAGAAAUGUCCGAAAUGUGGUAAUGAAGAAAUGCAAUAUCAUACUUUACAAUUGAGAUCUGCUGAUGAAGGGGCCACUGUUUUUUAUACAUGUACUAAAUGUGGAUACCGUUUCAGAACAAACAAUUAA